CAGAAACUUAGAUUGUUUAAUGUUGUGCAAAUGUCAUCGUAUAAUCUUGAAAUUGUAUGAUGAACACGCUUAUGGUCAAAAAAGCAUCCUCUUUUCAGAUAGGGUUAUUAAACAUAAUCACCAAUCGUCGACUUGUCGGCGUAGAAGCCAAUAACUUUUAUUAUCAAGAAAUUCCGGCGAGAAAUCGUCUGUUGACCUGGAAACUUCGAAGACGACCAAAUGUCAAAGUAUGGCUGAAACGCGUUUCCAUCGUCGUUGGUCGGUGCGAAAUGGGAAGCUUCGAAGAAGAGAGCCAACCUACCUUCUAGUUAAUCUUAAACGAGAAGCAAAAUGUAACACCAAAAGAGAUGUGUAUAAAUAUAUUAGAGACUUUGAAGAUUUAAAAAAUAUCUAUAGCUUCAAGUUUCCAAGAAUCGUGUUCAUCUUAAGCUCUCCAAACUCAAUACAUAUCUAAAAUGGCUCAGCAGUAUUAUCAGCAAAACGAAAUGAAGCAGACAUUGGGAGAGAAACCGUACGUGACGGCGCCGCCACCGAUGGGUUAUCCGGUGAUGGUGAGUGACUCUCCUCAAACUGUGCAGUAUCAGACGCAGAACAAAGGCAGUGGUGGAUUUUUACGUGGAUGUUUGGCUGCAAUGUGCUGCUGCUGCGUUUUGGAUUGUGUCUUCUAGCUCUAGGCUAAGGAUCUCUUUUGUCUUUUGAAUUCUGCAAUUUUUCUUUGUAAAUCAUUUCUUUCGUGGAUUGCUAUUUCUUCAUUGUUCUGAACAUAUAUAUAUAUAUGAUUGGUGUUAAUACAUUUAUUUCUUUUUUGCU